CCCUCCCACUAGCCUGCUGGGGCAGGAGUGAAAGACGGAUCCUGCUCUUUCGUUUUCGUUUCCGGGAAGGCUUGCCUGGGGACCUGAGCGCACAUGCUCUGGUGCUUCUCAAAGAGAUUUCCUCCCUCACAACCUGCCAGUUCUCAGGGCCAAGUCAGGGGUUUGCGGGAGGAGGUCUCAGGGAGCGCAAGCCUAGGGCCCCAGCAGCUACAGCCAGGGGAGCGCUCACGACAGAAAGCCGGGUGGCUCCCUCACCUCCACCUGUAAUGCAGGAGGGAGCAUUGGCUGGUUCUCCUGUAAGCCCCAUGGCAGCUGUGCCACCCCGAGGCACCCAGGUCCAGGCCAGAUGUGAAGCUCAAAUGCACCUGCUGGGUGAGGGGGGGAUCUGCAAGCUGCCAGGAAGACUCCACAAUAAGGUACCAGGACUGAAAACGACAGGACACAGUGACAGAAGAUGCUGGGGCUUGGGGAGAAGGGCAAGAGCAUCUGCUCAGACGGAGCUUUCAGGGCAAGCAGGGCCUGACGCAGGACUGAUGACAUGGAUGGGCAGAGGUCCGGCGUUCCCCCCGCCCACGUCCUUGCGGGUUGCAGGCAUCCAGCCGGCGCUCUGGAGCAGGGAGGACGUGCUGCACUGGCUGCGCUGGGCGGAGCAGGAGUACUCUCUGCAGCGCGCCCGCGAGCACCGGUUCCAGAUGAACGGCCGCGCCCUCUGCAUCCUCACCAAGGACGACUUCCGGCACCGCGCCCCGGGUUCAGGGGACGUCCUGUAUGAGCUGCUCCAGCACAUCCAGACCCAGCGGCGAGCCCUGGUGUGUGGGCCCUUUUUUGGAGGGGCCUUCAGGCAGGAGAUGCUCACCCCGCACCCCUCCAGCGCCCCGGAAGUGGAAGAGGGGGCUGGGCCCUUUUGGGCGGCCCACCACAGGGGCCUCCUGCAGCGGCCACCGGACUCAGGGCUGGCCAGCUCCGUCAGCCACCUGGACACCCCCGGCCCGACCAGCCUGCCCCUCGGCAGGGGGGAGUCCCUCAGCUUACCUCACUGCGCGGAGCUCAGCUGCAGGACCAACGGGGUCUGCUCCUUCCCCACCGUGCCACAGGCCCCCACGGACGGCAGGAUCGCCAACUGCCGGCUACUGUGGGAUUAUGUGUAUCAGCUGCUCCUGGACACCAGGUAUGAGCCCUACAUCAGAUGGGAAGACAAGGAUGCCAAGAUCUUUCGAGUUGUGGAUCCAAAUGGGCUCGCCAGACUCUGGGGAAACCACAAGAACCGGGUGAACAUGACCUACGAGAAGAUGUCCCGUGCCCUGCGCCACUAUUAUAAGCUGAACAUCAUUAAGAAGGAGCCGGGGCAGAAACUCCUGUUCAGAUUUCUAAAGACUCCGGGCAGGAUGGUCCAGGACAAGGACAGCUGCUUGGAACAGCUGGAGAGCCAGGAAUUCAAGGAGAUGCCAGAAGUCUCUCUGUGAAGGGCAGGAAGACACCCGGCACCAGUGGGACAGAGACUGUCCCAUGAAGACAGCCUCCUUCCUCCUCCCAGGGCAGCAGGGGUCCCCUGCCGGGCUUUGUGCCCAUGGGGUCGCAGCCAUUGUCUUGGGCCUCAGAGCUGCCUGGGGACCUGGAGGGCUGGGAGGCCUCACGUCCAGGGCGGUGGAGGUGGGGUCAUCCUUUGGGUAGGAUGCCUACCCCUAGGGACCUGCCCACCUCCGAGAGGAAGCCAGGCGUGGUUGGGGCAUCCAGCCCAACGCCUUCAGUCUGCAGAAGGGAGUGGAGGUCCCUCACUGGGCCCCAGAUUUCCUCGUCUGUAAAAGGCCUCAUCAUAGCCCACCCUCGGGCCGCUGCGCGCAGCGGGAGAAAGAGCCAGUGCUUCGCCGGCCUUUGGAACAAUAACAGCCUUGGUCGCCAGUGUUUCUCGAGUGCUCACUGCGUGCUAGGCCUUGUGCUAAGGGCCUUGCACAUGUUUUCUCUCACUUAACUCACACACCAACCGCCUGAGGUUUAAAGAUGAGGAAACUGAGGCAGAAGCCUGCGAAGCUGGCGUGUCCCUCCAGACCACAGUGCCCUGACCUGUUUUCCUUCAGCGCCCCUGAACGUAUCUGGGCGCUUCUGGGACAGAGGCCCUGGCCAUGCUCUCUGCUCCUGGCACCUUUGAGUCCUACAUUCCUGUCCCUGCAUCUGCCAUGUGACCUUGGGCAAGAUGCUCUUCCUCCCUGGAGCCUCAGGCUUCUCCUCUGUAAAAUGGGGCUGCUUCUGACAUGGCUCACAGUGUUGCCAGGAAGCUCCAAUAAGGCUGUGUUCCUGCAGUGCUUGGUACCUGCCUGCUCUGUGGGGCAUAAGCCCGUUGGCGUUAGCUGAGACACUGCAAACCAAAGGCACCUGCAUCCUGUGGCUUCAGCUCCCUCCCCUGCCCCCAACCCCAGUGCCAAGUGGGGCCCUGCCCUUGCAAACCCCAGGGAAGGACGGGAGAGAAACAGCAGGGAGUGUUUUCACUGACUGGAAAGCAGAACUUCUCAGAUGCACGUCUUCUUUCUUGGAAGGAGGAAGCCGCCUCUGCCGCGGCCUCCGCAGGUCCGGGAACCCCCGUGUCCCGCGCUGGCCUGAGUCCCGGCUCUGGAGGAGCUGAUAAGGAUUCUCGGACUUUGGGACUCAAAGCUGUGGCAACUUAUGAGCAGGGAAACUCCUGGCUUAGUCCUGGCUGGGGCCACAGCACACACCCGAGGGGGCCAGGCAGGUGGCUUUGGACCUAGGUUCAGUAGGAAAAUGCCCCGCCCUUUCUCUUCCCUCUGAGACUUCCGCCUCCUGACCUUGCUCCAGGGUGAGUCUGUGUCACCUCCUCACCCCAGAACUGCACGGCUGGCCUGGCAGGUGCUGUCGAAACCCACUUGUCCAGGCCUCAUCUAUAGAUCCGGCACUGAGGCCAGAGAGAAGUGACUUGCCCAAGAUCACACAGCCCAGCCCGGCCCGGCCUCUGGGCUGCCGAGGUCGCCUCAUUCCUCCUUGUCUUAUCACUGCACUUGUGGGUCCAAGAUAAAGAGGGUUAAUGACAGGAUGGAUUCUUAGGUCACUUCUUCCAGUUACAACAGUGGCAUUUCCUUGCAGUGUGUCAAUGGCUGCCUACAGCUGCUUCCCCAGGGACUAUGCCUUGCCCCAGGGCGAUGGGUCUCACCCAGCGCUGGGACCGGCUCGGCCAGGAGCGGGCGUCUGGGCGAGCAUGCGUGGGCAGGUCCACGAGGCACAUCAGGUCCUUGUCCGGGGACGGCCCCCUGAACGCCAGGAAUGCGGGGAUUCAUUCGGGCCUUCCUUCCACAAGCAUUCAUUGAGCACCUGCUCUGUCCCUGGCACCAGGUGAUGCUCCAAGUUUACAUACAUUUUUCACACUGAGUCCUGAAAAGUGGAGAGUCCCUGAAAACUGCAAAUGUCAAAAUGGACUUUCUCAUAAAGAAUUUUUUUUUUUUUUGAGACAGUCUCGCUCUGUCUCCCUGAGUAGAGUGC